GAUAGCAGAAAUGAAGAAGACGAUUUAGAAGAAAAAAGUAUGCAACGUGAAGCCGGGGAUAUACGGUGAUAGGGGUGUGGUAGGUACAAAAGGUUAUGCAAUGCGUCAAUGAUUACUUUAAUUUUAGUUGGAAUCUCUCCAAGUUUUAGGGCAAUUCAAAAAAUUAACAUGUUGUAGGGGUUAAAAAGCAUGCAAGAACAUUGUGGCUUUUUUGUACCAAAAAAUCUUGAAGGGUAUAGUAUAGAACCAGAAUGUUUUGCAAUGAGAUGAUAAGCAUCCUCAGUGUGCUUGAAAUGAUAUAAAAUUUCAGUUAAAUCAGUUACCUGUGUGCAUGCUUUGUUCGUAAUGAUAAGCCAUAGAAGAAAAAUCAACUGUAGUAUAUUGUCUGCAAGUUGGUUGCUGUCUUCCAUCUUGUUCUUGUACAUACUCUUGUUGUUUUCCUGUCGUGUGGAUUAUUGCUAUGCCAGAGAUACUCUGAAGGAGGGCGACUGGAUUACUGACAAUGGAGAAACGCUCGUCUCCAGUGGAGAAACGUUUGAACUGGGAUUCUUUACUCCUAUCAGGAGCUCUAGCCACAAAAAGUUCGUUGGGAUUCGGUACAAACAGGAUCAACAAACAGUUGUAUGGGUUGCCAACAGAGACUACCCAGUACUUAACGGUUCCACCGGAGUUUGUUUUGGAAUUGCAAAAGAUAGCAAGCUUCAGAUAUGGGAUAUUAAUACUGGAAACGUUUAUUGGAGUGUACGUGAUGAGAGUUCUCGGUCUACAAGACGAUCUGUGAAGCUUUUGGAUUCUGGAAACCUGGUCUUAAGGAAUGAUCAGUUUGGAACGAGUCUGUGGGAGAGCUUCCAAAAUCCAACGGAUACAUUUCUUUCUGGUAUGAAGAUGGAUGACGAGCUGAUGUUGACUUCAAGGAUCGGUGACGGUGACCCGGGAAAUGGGAACUUCACGUUUAAGCAAUAUCAAGAUGAAGAGGGCCACUACGUUAUCUCAAAAAAGACAGGCGAUUAUUGGAGAAGUUGGAUAUCAGGCAAGUUCUUGAGCUCAGAUGAAAUGCCCUAUGCCAUAGCCUACUUGUUAUCAAAUUUCAGCAGGAGCGUGAAGCAAACCAAGAACCUACCUCCGCAGAAAAGAUCAGCACAAUUGCAGCUAGACCUUAAUUACACAAGGUUAGUGAUGAAAUAUAAUGGGGAAUUACAAUAUCUGAAAUGGGAUGUGGACAACGGAAAUUGGGAUUCGAUAUGGAGGGAGCCGGAAGACGAAUGUAACAUUUACAAUGCUUGUGGGAAAUUCGGCAGCUGCAAUAUUAACAAUAGGCCAUUCGUAUGCAAGUGUUUGCCAGGGUUCCAGCCUACUAACCCGAAGCGUUGGGAUUCCGGAGAUUUUUUGGGUGGGUGCACCAGAAAGUCGACAUCAUCUGACAACAGCGACAUGUUCUUGAACUUAACGAUGAUGAAAGUGAGCAACCCAGACUCUGAUUUCAUGGUUAAAAACGAGACAGAAUGCAAAAAUGAGUGCCUUGACAACAGCCAGUGUCAAGCUUAUUCAUAUGAGGUAGCUCAAACCAGUAGCCUAAGAAGGGAGACUACUGCUGGGAACGACACCUGCUGGAUUUGGACUUCGGAUGUAAGUAAUCUUCAAGAGGAGUACACAAACGGUGUUAACCUCUUUGUGCGCGUGGCAAAAUCUGUUAUAGAAUCAACUGUUAAGAAUUGUGAGCCUUGUGGCACAAAUUUGAUCCCCUAUCCAUUGAGCACUAGACCAAAUUGUGGUGACCCCAUGUAUUUCAGUUUUUACUGCGACAAUUCCAUAGGCCAAGUAAACUUCAAGGCACUUAGUGGCACUUAUCGUGUUGCUACUAUCAAUCAAAGAGAUGAAAAGAUUUUAUUAUAUGAGUACAUGCCCAACAAAAGCUUAGACUCAUUUAUAUUUGAUCAAAAGCUAAGCAUGCGUUUGGACUGGGAAAUGCGCGUCAACAUUAUUUUGGGAAUAGCUCGUGGGCUUCUUUAUCUUCACCACGACUCUAGAUUGAGGAUCAUCCAUAGAGAUCUGAAAACAAGCAACAUCCUUUUAGACGAGGAAAUGAACCCCAAAAUAUCUGACUUUGGCUUGGCAAGGAUUGUUGGAGGCAAUGAAACCGGGGCAAACACAACUAGAGUAGUUGGAACUUAUGGCUAUAUGGCUCCAGAAUAUGCAUUAGAUGGACUUUUCUCAGUUAAAUCCGAUGUUUUUAGCUUUGGUGUAGUUCUACUUGAGAUUAUAACUAGGAAAAAGAAUACAGGAUUUUAUCAGUCAAAACAAGAUAUGAGCCUUAUAGGUUAUGCGUGGAGAUUGUGGGUUGAAGAGAAGGUGUUGGACUUAAUGGACCCAGCUCUACAAAAUGUUUGCAAUGCAGAUCAGUUUGUGAAGUGCGUAAAUGUUAGACUCUUAUGCGUACAAGAAGACCCAAAUGACCGUCCCACUAUGUCAAAUGUCGUUACCAUGCUAGACAGUGAAGCUGUAACAAUUCCAACUCCAAAACAGUCAGCAUUUAUUCCAUGGAGAGGUCUUUCUAGCAAAGCUUCUUCUUCUAGUAAACCAGAUAGUACAUACAUAGAAUUAACUAGUAGUUUAGAAGAGAAACAUGAUACUGCUUGAUACCAACGCAAGUUAUCAUGACUCUGUCCUCUAUUGGA